UUAAACAAGCAAUGUUAUUUUAACCUCCCUGGUGGUAUCCCCGAGUGUAGCUCGGGGGUUAUCAGUGCCAAAAGCGGUAACCCCGAGCUACACUCGGGAUUACCCUGCAGCGUUGCUCUGGGAUUCCCUCGAUCACUUACCUUGUCCUGCGCUCCAGUGAUGUGUCCCCUACAGCGUCCCCGGCCAUCUCCUCCGGCCGAUGACAGCAUCCGUCUUCCAGGUUCUGGUCCCUGCGAGCGUCGGGACGUACGGGGGACGGAACUGGCGGGAAAUUUAAAAAAGCGACAUUCACUAAUUCACUAAAAUCACAUAGUAAAACAUUACUGUAUCAAAGCAUUUCACAUACAU